CGCCGCCGCUCGCGCCGCCUCGCCCCCGCCGCCACCGCCGCUCCCUCGCCAAGCACGCCGCCGCCCGUCCGCCUGCUCGACCUUCCCAGGGAGCUCCUCGAGCGCGUCCUCUCUCGCUGCGACAGCCCCAUCGACAUCGCUCGCGUCGCUCCCGUCUCCCACCUCUUUCACGCCUCACUCGCGGAGGAGGGCAUCCGCUUGUGGGCGCAAGAGCGCGGCUUCGAGCUGCCGGCGAAGCCACAGGGCGAGGGCUGCGCCGUGCGGUGGCUGUGCUUCGCUGUGCUGCUGCGCGAGUCCAACCCGCCGGUGAGGGCGGCUGGAGGCAAUCGGCACAGCCUCUUCAUCGACGGCGAGGGGCGGCUGUCGUCGUGCGGCUCAAAUCCGUCCGAACCCCCAUCGCUCCUCGGUCACGGCGAGGGCGUGACGCGGCUCAACACGCCGACCCGCCUCCCGUCUCCUCUCCGUGCUGUGAGCGUGUCGGCUGGAGAGAAACACAACCUCGCCCUCACCGCCGGUGGCAGCGUCUGGAGCUGGGGCGAUGGAGUCUACGGCCAGCUGGGCCACGGCGACGGGCAGAACCAGCUCCUGCCGCAGAAGGUCGAGGCCUUGGCUGACCAGCGCGUCGUCGCGCUCUCGGCUGGAGCCCGCCACAGCCUCGGCCUUACCGCCGACGGAGCCGUCUGGAGCUGGGGCUGGGGAUACUUUGGCAAGUUGGGCCACGGCGACACGCAGGAGCAGCUGCUGCCGAAGAAGGUCGAGGCCUUGGCUGACCAGCGCGUCGUCGCUGUGUCGGCUGGACUCGGGCACAGCCUCGGCCUUACCGCCGACGGAGCCGUCUGGAGCUGGGGCGAUGGCUGCUUUGGCAAGCUGGGCCACGGCGACCAGCAGCACCAGCUGCUGCCGAAGAAGGUCGAGGCUUUGGCUGGCCAGCGCGUCGUCGCUGUCUUGGCAGCACCCAACCACAGCCUCGCCCUCUCCGCCGACGGCGCCGUCUGGAGCUGGGGCUGGGGAGUGUUGGGCCAGUUGGGCCACGGCGACGAGCAGGAGCAGCUGCUGCCCAAGAAGGUCGAGGCUUUGGCCGGCCAGCGCGUCGUCGCCGUGUCGGCUGGAGCGUUCCACAGCAUCGCUCUCACUGCCGACGGCGGCGUCUGGAGCUGGGGCGGUGGAGCCUGGGGCGAGCUUGGCCACGGCGACCAGCAGACCCAGCUGCUGCCGAAGAAGGUCGAGGCCUUUGCUGGCCAGAGCGUCGUCGCUGUGUCAUCGGGAGAUCGCCACAGCAUCGCCCUCACCACCGACGGCGCCGUCUUUGCAUGGGGCGAGGGAGUGCACAGCUGCUUGGGCCACGGAGAGAACGUGGCGAACCAACUGCUGCCCAAGAAGGUCGAGGCGUGGCCGCCGGGAGCGGGCGCGGUAAUGUGAGGCGCGUCGCGCUAGCCUUCCCUGGGACUCGGGGGCGAACGUUGCCUGAAUCCGACUGUCGAUCUCCGUCUGCGGAACCUUUUUGCACACAUCGGGGCGGGGGCGGCGGGCACACUGUGGGCACGGUAGUGCAGCGGCACACCGGGGGUUGUCCGAGGAUUCCUAGGCUUCCGUUCUUUCCUAGUGUGUGAGGGAGUGGUGCGGCGUCUUGGACUUCAAUUGGUUGUCUUU